AUCAUCCCUAGUGAGGAAAAACCAGUUGAUAUAAUCAACAAAACAUGUAAUACAUGUGCCUCGAAAGCUUCAUCCAACUUCAGCUACGAAUUCUGUUAUACCUCACUCGAUGCAAUCCCCGUUAGCCACGCGACUAACCUUGGAGGACUUGGGAUCAUCGCUCUGGAGCUAGCCUUAGUAAAUGCCACCAACACAAUAUCAAUCCUAAGCAACAUUUUAAACAAAAAUGACUCGAGUCCUCGUUGUAACAAUUUGCUCGUGUCUUGCUUGGAGAUAUAUCAAGAUAUUAGUCAAAGAUUGGAAGAGUGCAUCGAGGAAUUUGUGUCUGGCAAGAAGCAUGACAUUUUAUAUUUGUGGGUCAGUGAAAUAAUGCAAGCAACUACGAUAUGUGAACUAAGCUUCAAGGAUGAUGGAAAAGUAUCUCCCCUAACAAAGGAGAACCACAAUUUAAGUCAGUUGUAUGGCAUAGUUUUGUGUAUCAUUGACCUGAUUAUCCCACAUUUAAAUUCAUUGUUUUGAUUCAGCUUCAGUAAGGUGCAUAAAAUCUUUCAAAGGUUACGUAGUUUCUCUUAGUUAAGUGUUUCUUAGGUAACUGUGUUUUACAGUUAAAAUCGGUAAUAAAUUCAUGGUAUCAGCUCUACAUGUGUAUCUCAAAAGAUAGGUUAAUAAGUGAUCGGCAUUUAGUUAGGAGUUAAUGAGCUACUAUGUUAUUUUUGUUUGCUUGGCAAGUUCGCAGAUGACUCUUCCUCAUAGAAGAAUGAGAAAGAGAAGUUUAUUCCAAAGUAGUAAUGGAAAGAAACUGAGCAAUUACACACAAUAAUAAUAAUAAGCAAUGUGACGCUGACGCACAUACAAAUAAGGAAGAAGAUUAAACACAAUUACACAACGAUACCGUAGACACCAAAUUAAAGUAAAAAAUACAGG